CCUGCAGCCUGGGGAUUUUUUCAGCCCCGCCACCAUGAACGGGGUCGUGAUCCCCCAUACUCCCAUCGCCGUGGACUUUUGGAGUCUGCGCCGGGCAGGUUCAGCGCGGCUUUUCUUCUUGACCCAUAUGCACUCGGACCACACCGUGGGUCUGUCCAGCACCUGGACCCGGCCCCUCUACUGCUCCCCCAUCACUGCCCACCUCUUGCAUCGGCACCUAAAGGUAUCCAAGCAGUGGAUCCACGCUCUGGAGGUUGGUGAGAGUCAUGUGCUACCUUUAGAUGAAUUUGGGCGAGAGACCAUGACCGUCACUCUCAUGGAUGCCAAUCACUGCCCGGGCUCUGUCAUGUUCCUCUUUGAAGGCUACUUUGGGACCAUCCUGUAUACAGGUGAUUUUCGAUACACGCCAUCCAUGCUCAAGGAACCAGCUCUGGCAGUGGGGAAGCAGAUCGAUACCUUGUACCUUGACAACACCAACUGCAACCCAGCUCUGGUUCUGCCAUCCCGGCAAGAAGCUGCUCACCAGAUUAUUGAGCUCAUUCGAAAGCACCCUCAGCAUAAGGUGAAGAUCGGACUUUACAGCUUAGGGAAGGAGGUUCUGCUGGAGCGCUUGGCCUUCGAGUUCCAGACCUGGGUGGUACUGAGUCCUCAGCGCCUGGAGUUGGUCCAGCUACUGGGCCUGGCAGAUGUGUUCACGGUGGAGGAGGAGGCUGGCCGCAUCCAUGCUGUGGACCAUAUGGAGAUCUGCCACUCGGCCAUGCUCUGCUGGAACCACAUCCACCCGACCAUCGCCAUCCUGCCUACAAGCCGUAGGGUCCGCAGGUCACAUCCUGACAUCCACGUGAUCCCGUACUCCGACCAUUCCUCCUACUCAGAGCUGCGCACCUUCGUGGCAGCGCUGAGGCCCUGCCGGGUGGUGCCCAUCGUGCAGCGGCAACCCUACCAGGACUGCUUUCAGGACAGCCUGAGCCCUGGGUUACCAGUGCCCCAGGUUCCCCGCUCUCUUCCACCACUCGUGAGCUCCUCACAGAAAGCAGACUUUCUCUGGUUCUGGUUAGAAAAGAGGCUGAAGAGACCAAGGACUCUGGGAGUCACAUUUGAGUCCCUCGAGGAAGCUGCCAAGCAGUCUCAAGGUAGCAGCAACCCAGAGGAGGCCCAGGCUGCACAUGAGACAGUUCCUGAGCACCUGGAGAAGCAGCUCUGCCUCUGCCCCGUGCAAAUCCAGAAGCCAGUGUUCCCCAACUGCUGCAUAAGAGAAUGGAAUGGGGUAUCCCCUUUUUCCAAGUCCCAGAAAAGAGGUCCUGUACAGACUUCCCUCCAGAAGAGAAGCUCAAUACAAAUUUCCCCCUUUGUACGGGGUGUUUCAGAGCACUUAAGGUCUGCAGUCUCUCUGGAAACCAAAGAGUGCACUGAUGAACCCCCCUUGGUACUCAAGGGAGACACAGAUGCCCCCAAAGCCACAGGGAGUCAGAGUGCCUGCCCGGGGCUGAACUCUCACCUGUUUCACGAUAACAAGGGGGACAGUAUUCUGACUCCUGAGUCCCAAGGCCUGGCAUUAAAGUAUCUCCUGACUCCAGUGAGUGAAUUCCAGGCAAGGUUCUCUUCCAGGCAGUUUGACCAGCAAGUGCAAAAGUACUAUAAAUGUUUGCCAAAGGAUAGGUAGAAAGGACAGAAUGGACACCUUUUUGGCCCAACACUGCACUUUGGGAAAGAGUAGCUGAUGACCAAUCGGUGGUUUUGUUGGGGACCUUACAUUUCUGUCUUCACAAAAUUCUCA